UCCGAGCUCACCUGGGUUGGACGGCGUACGUGAACUGGUCCAACUAGUUUUUUUUUUUUUUUUUUUUAAAUAGUUGUAACCAUGAGGAGCGUGUGGCGAUGAUGAGGAGGACGUUGGUGGCCGUGUGUGUGUUCGCUACAGUCGCCGUUUGGGCGUCGGAGGACACGUCAGAGUCGCCGGCGGAGUCCACCGUCGUCACGGCCUCGCCCGGCGACAUCGUCCUACUUCCGUGUUACUCGGAAGGCUCCGUGACGCCGUCCCACACGCGUUGGUGGAAGGACGGCGGAGAGGCGGGAUCCUCCGAGGCGGCGCCGACCGACGGCGGCGUCGGGCCGCGGCUGCAGGUGCUGGGGGACGGCAGCCUGAACUUCCGGACGGUGGCGGAAGGAGACGAGGGCGUGUACCGGUGUCAAGCCACACUUCCGGGCAACAUGACUUGGCAAGCGCGUGUCAAGCUCCAGGUGGCCAGCGGUCCACAGAACGUGUCGGUUUCCAUCGCGCCGUCCACGAUGUUGUCCAACGGGACGCUAGUCACGUACCGCGGCUCCAGCGUGUCCUUCCGCUGCGCCGCCGCCUCGUACCCAUCACAACGGCUCACGUGGAGCUUCGCCGUGGCGUCCGCCGCCCCCGGGACGCCGAUGGCCUCCGCCGACGGCGCGCCCUCGCUGGCCUUCCAGAUGGAGGACGUGCGCCCCGAGGCGCAGGGCAUCUACAACUGCGCCGCCGACAACACGGUGACGCACGCUGUCGCCAACGCCAGCGCUCAGCUGCUCGUCUACUACGUUCCCGCCAGACACCCAGAGUGCUCGUGGCUUCAGUCCGAAGACUCGACGCAGGUGCGCCUGGGCUGCGCCUGGGCCGGAUGCUACCCGGACCCGGGUCUCAGAUGGACCCAGGAGCGGAAGCGGGACCCGAGCGGGGACGGCGACUGGGACCGGGGAGGUCGCGUGCUGGCCUCGGGGGUGACGUCCGUCCUGUGGGUGGCGCUCAACCGCUCGCUGCUGGGCGGCGGGCAGACGCUCCGGUGUGUCGCGCAGCACUUGGCGCUGGCCGCCGGGCGGGAGCCCACUUGUGCUUUUACGCUCGAGGCGCCGCGCCCUGAGGUUUCCCCACUGGCGUGGGCGCAGGAGGGCGGCAGCGUGACGCUGGUGUGCACCGAGGUGACGUCCGUGCCACCGGCCGACACCGCCUGGUGGCGAGAUGUGGGCUCGGCGGCGCUGGCGCCCGGCCCCAAGUACGCCCUGAGCCGGGAAGGUGCCACCUACAGUCUGACCAUCACCAACGUCACCCAGGACGACCGCGGCACCUACUUCUGCCGCAGCGAGAACCCGCUGGCGCUGCGCCAGGCCGAGGUGUACCUCAGCGUCAGGGCGUCCUCGGACUACACAGGCGCCAUCAUCGGCGUGUUCAUCGCCGCGCUCAUCGUGGGCGUGGCCGCCGUCGUGGCCAAGCUGCUGUUCGCCAACAGACACCGCGUCUGCCUGGGAGGACCUUUCGGGCCCUUGCAGGGCGGCGGAGGCGACGUUCUGAAUCUGGUGGAAUCUGAUGAAGAGCAGAUCUUCCAGGCCGUUGCGCGCCUCCCCCCAAUAACGGACGUGCGCCACACCACGCUGGUCCAGAUCCACCGCCUCCCGUCCGGUGAGCAGGAGGGUGCGGGAAAUGAAAACGCCAGGGAGGAGGCGCCGGACCUGGUGACCCUCUGAGUGUCGGGGGCUUUUAUUGUAGCGAAGCAUUAUGAAUGCAAGUGAACAGGAAGCUCAGCAUGAACAAUUGGACAUUUGGAAGAUGAGGAAUUUUGUACAAAUAAUAAAUGAAUUUGUUUUCAUGUUGAUAUUCAAAUGUGUACAACUGUCGUCCACUUCCUGCUCGUUGUUGUUGUAAAUUACUAGAAUAAAUUGAUGAAAUUGAAUUUAAUAAAUUAUGAUGAUUGUUGCUCAUUAAAAAAAAGUUAGUUACGUGCAACAAGCGUAUAUUGUUGUUAUAGUUCCCAAGAUUUAAUUUUUUUAAUUUACGUGGGGGCAUUCUUUUUUAUUUCUUUUUUAAAAUUAUGCAUUAUUCUAUCAUGAUUUUUCAUCUGCAUUUUUUAAAAAUAACUUUGGGGUUUAUUUGUAUGAAAAUAUUCAUAAAUGCUAUUAGUUUUAAA